UCACUGCGGAAAACAUCUCCGCAUCUGAGGACAUGGCGGCGGCGGCAGAGGCCUCCUCCUCCAACUCCAAUCCGCCGCGUUCUGACCUCCACCGGCGCAAGCGCCGCCUAGUAUUCGACCGCCGCUACGGAUGGAUCUUCGAUGAGUGGACGGACCCCGCUGUUUCCGCCCUCUCCGGUGGCAGGGGAAUGUUCUGCAUACUACCCAUGGCGCAAGCGCUGAUGAACGCGGCUGCAUCUUCGGUUGACCAUGCAGCAGAUACAGUUAGCACAGCUCUUAAACGCCCUGAAUGUUUUUCCCCACUAGCAUAUCUCCCUCACCUACAAUCGCAAAGGGACCGGCGGACUUGGUUCCACGAGCUUGAACAUUCUGGAGUCAUAGCUGAUGCCAAGUUAGUUCCACGUAGAACUCUUUGUGCCUUUGAAUGUAUCAGCACCGAUUGUGAUUUGUUGACAAGGUAGUGUAAUAUUAUGUAAGCAAAGUAUGGAAAAAUGCACAAGCAAGUUCUCUUGACGAAACAUUAGUGGCUUCCUAACAAUAUCCGAAAGAUAUCUUGCUUUUGGUCAAAAUCUUGAAUUGUUAGCUCGAA